ACUUGUGUAAGUUCAACGAGUUUCUCUGCAGUACCACAUCUGGGUUUUGAAGAACAGAGUAUAAGGUCAUCACUUUGCACAGCAUCCACCAUCAUUCAAAAGGUAAAAAUGGAUUUCUCUAGAGAAUUGAGAGAGCUACGGGGUAACCAGAGUAGGGAAGAAGAAGAGGUGGUGAUUGCCGUGGAACCCAUCGCGAUGAUAGUACCACCGGAGUUGCAGGAUUUGCCGGAGACCCUAACGUCAGAGAGCAGCGCCAGUUCAAACGCCGGAGAUAAUGGCGACGGCCACCGCGAUUCACCGUCCAGCAGCUCGUCCUCUGGGAAUCAUGAGCCAGAACCGGAGAACGUGGGUGGUAUCGAACAGGGUCUGCCCGUGGCUGGGGAAUGGGAGGAUAGGGUACUCCCGGGCAGACUGAGCAACAUACGCAAAGCUCCCAAGGAUCUGCCAGCCGGGUUUAAAUUCAGGGCGGCGCUUCAUCACGAAGUAGCGGACUGCGCGCCCUCAAUAAGUGGGUACAGAAGGCUGGAGGAGAUGAUACAGGAGUACCACAUCCCGAGGACUAUAUUGGUGCGAACUGGCGGGCAGAACGAGAGGGCUUGCUCGGUGUCGUGGACGGGCUGGAUACCCGUAUAUGCAGAUCAUUUUGACGCCGGUCUGCGAUUUCCACUGCCCGGGCUGGUGUUCGACCUGCUGGCCGACUACGAGCUGGCUCUGACGCAGCUGACGCCCAACAGCAUAAGGUUCAUCGUGGGCUUUAUGCUGUUGUGUGCAAGACUAGAGGUACCGGCCAAGACGAUAGUGUUCAAGUCGCUGUUCCAGUGCCGGCUGUGUCCAAACUCAGGAGGGGCGAGAUGGUACUACCUCUUUGGGAGGGAUAAGAGCCAGCUCUUCAAGAACGUGAGGAAUAAAGUGGCGCGGUGGAAAAGGCAGUUCAUUUUUGUUCGCAACACGCGAACAGAGAGGGUAAGCAACAACCUCGCUGCCCGUCUGUCGGACUGGCGUACACCAAACGCGCAUGUAAAUUAUCCCCAGCUGCUGCCACGGGACACAGACCUCAAAAACCGGCUGCUAGAGCACGCAAGGUGCGAAAAUUUAGUAGAUCUAGAAGCGCUGGUUACCCCGGAGCUGCUCGCCGUGUUUGGGUUUGUCGACGCGGCAAACCUAUUCACAGAAGGAGAAAUGAGUAGCAUCUUGGAACGCCAGCGUCACUCGGCAUCUAGGCCGCGGGCUGAGCCUAGAGUUGAGGCAGCGGCCCCGGGUGCACGCAAGCGACCACGCGAAGAGACAGAGAGCGAGGAGGAUGAGCUCCCCCUCGCUAGGCGCAGAACAAGCGGGGGGACUCAGCCCGCACAGGCGGCUCGUCCCCCAACCGGCUUCAGCUAUGUGCGGGCGGAGUGUCAGCCCGCCAUGGUGCAGGCCAUGCACAGCUUUGUGCCCCCCGCGGAUAAUAAGCGGGCCAAAGCGUUUGUGCAGCAACAUGGCGGCCAGGUCGCCAUGAUCAAACUUAUGGACGCAUUCAGCUAUGCUGUGGCGCUAUACGAGAGCGACGGCAUCCAAGCAGCCAAGGAUGAGGUCGCUCGCAUUGAGGAGCGAGCAAAAAGGGCUGAGGUGGAAAGGGACCAGGCUCAGAACGAGCUGAACUCCCUUAGGCGCCAGGUCGCCGAGGCCGAGCAGAACCUCACUGCUGCUGAGAAGGCGCUGAACGAGCUGAAGACUCAGCACGCACGCUCAGUAGGCAUUGCCCGAGCUCAAGGGGCAGAGUGGCUGGUCGGCUCUUCUAAGUUCCAGGACGCAGUGGCGAUGGCGUCUGCUAACCUGACCACAGAAAUCUACAAUGAGAUUCGUGGAAAGGUGCUGCACCACCGCCCUGAUUUUCCAAUCCGAGAGCUGGCCUUCUUCGACGAGGAGGAGCUUGACGAGCAGGGUAGGAGCCUUGCUCCCCUCGCUGAGGUUACAGUGCGGCUGAGGUGGGACCUCAACGAAGAGGGAGUACCCGUCUGGCCUCCUUCAGAGCCGUCAAGUACUCCUCCCAACUCUCAGCCCGCAAUGGCGCUGCCCGUCGUGACACCAGCUGCCGAGCCAGCUGCUCGCUCUCCUCCGGCUCGCUCACCUCCAGCUCGCUCACCUCCGCCAGCGGCUGAUGCGUCCAUGCCUGUCGACCUGACGGACGAUUAGGCUUACGAGCUUUUGUUUCGUUCUUUUGUAUUUUGGCGUUUUUGUAUUUGAUCAAUAGAUUCAGAUCGUAUGU